CGAAUAAUGAAGGUUAAGUACGGAGAUCAACGUGGUUGAUUCAAGUUCACAAACGAAGGUGAAGGAGAGUUGUACAUCAAAAUCAGAUACUGUUAUUACUACCUGAUCAUCAAAUCAUAAAAAUGGCUGCGUUGAAUCUAAGCUGCUAUUAUCAUCUCUUUCACUCUCUUUCUCACUCCCCACCACCACGGAAUGUCGCCUCUGUUUCCAUUCUUCAUGGUCGUAAUAACAUCCCUCUCUCCCCAACGCCUUUAACAUUUCAUCGGCAAAAGCUUCACAGCAACCUCUUGGUUCUAGCAACAACAAUGUCUACUAGUGUGCGAGACGAUCUUCCGCCUGCUCUUGAUUCUACUUCAGAACCACCUCCAGUCUUUGAUGGAACAACUAGGCUGUAUGUAUCUUACACUUGUCCGUAUGCCCAACGCGUGUGGAUUACCCGGAAUUGCAAGGGAUUGCAGGAAAAGAUUAAAUUAGUUCCUAUUGAUCUACAUAACAGACCAGAUUGGUACAAGGAGAAAGUUUACCCACCAAACAAGGUGCCUGCUUUAGAACACAAGAAUGAAGUAAAGGGAGAGAGUCUUGAUCUCAUUAAAUAUAUCAACACCAAUUUCGAAGGACCUUCACUCUAUCCUGAUGAUCCUCUUAAAAAAGAAUUUGGAGAAGAGUUGCUAUCAUACACUGAUACAUUCAAUAAAUCUGUGACUACCUCAUUCACAGGAGAUGGGGUUGAUGAAGCUGCUGCUGGUUUUGAUUAUAUUGAGAAUGCUCUUUCCAAGUUUGAUGAUGGACCAUUCUUUCUAGGUCAGUUGAGUCUGGUGGAUAUAGCUUAUGCUCCAUUUAUCGAAAGAUUUCAGCCAUAUUUGGUAGAGGUGAAAAAUUAUGAUAUCAAGGUGGGUAGGCCAAAACUUGCAGCAUGGAUCGAGGAAAUGAACAAAAAUGAGGAUUUCAACCAAACAAGACGUGAUCCAAAGGAACUUGUAGAGAGCUACAAGAAACGUUUUUUGUCUCCCAAACAAGGUUAACGAUCAAACCACAGAAGAGGACAAUAGCUUGCUGCAGAUUGAUUGCCCAGGGAACUCAAAAAAAGAAAUUAAUAUGAAGAAUAAUUUGUUCAAGAAAUAACAUGUAACGAGGGGAUUUGGAUUUGGUAAAUCUGAUUUUUAAGACUGACCAACUUGUUAUCUGGUUGGUUAUAUGUCCAUAUACAUAUACGAAUAUAUAUAUAUAUUCGUUAAAACUGAGUAGUCGUUGG